AUGAUCACAUCACAUUCUGGGCCAGAGAGGCUUACCUUUGCUGACUUCAUUCGAGAGUUUGAUAGGAAAUACUUUCCGAAGGAAGCUAUGGAUAGAAAUAAAUGUGAGUUCGAGCAUGUAAGCCAGGGAGAGAUGUCUGUCAUGGAGUAUGAGGUUGUGUUCAACCAACUUCGCAGAUUUGCUGGAGUGGGCAUUUCAGAGGAAGACUUGAUCAGGAAGUUUUUGAGUGGGAUGCGAGUGGAGAUUCGCAACAGGUGUCGCGUAGUCACUUACCACCGAUUGGGAGAUUUGGUGGAGAAAGCUUCGGAGCAAGAGGCAGGUUUGGCAGAGGAGAAGAAACUUGCUAAAGCAGUUCAUGUUAAGUCUGGAAAAGCUCCAGAGUCCCAGAGGAGAGGAGGGGACCAGUCGGGAUUACCGAGAUGUCCACAUUGCCAUCGCAGUCACAGUGGACAGUGUAUGAGGUGUCUUACUCUCGGUAAGAUGGGACACACUGCGAGAGAUUGUCCGAGGAGGGGCAAUGCGGCACUUCCACCACCACCGAAGCGUCUAGCCAUCCCUCCACGAGUGUUUGCAGUUGGAGAUCCUCAGGGAGCUAAACCGAUAGCAGGAUCAGUUUUGGUUGGAGGAGAGUUAGCUUAUUCCUUAUUCGACACGGGAGCCUCUCAUAGUUUUGUGAGUCCGCGCUUAGUCCAGUCUUUGUCUUUUCGGGGUGUCUUCGAACCGAAGGCUAAGCAGAUUCAGACUGCCGGCACAGAGAAGUUGGGAGCAGUUGGCAUUCAUCACAAUGUACCAGUUAUUCUUGGAGGAGUUGAGUUGCUCGGAGAUUUGACGGAGUUGGAAAUGAGCUUCUACGAUGUUAUACUUGGGAUGGAUUGGUUGUCGCGACAUCGAGUAGUCUUGGAGUAG